UAAUUUCACGAAAAGCAUUAUAAGUGUGCAUGUAUGUCGUAAAAUAGCUGCAGCAUAGUUAUAUGUAAGUAUGAUUAUAAAUGGAUAAACGAAAAAGGAAAUCAGCAUAUAAAAUACGCAGAAUCAUGGCGGCGGUUCAACUUGCUAGACUACGUUUUCCUUCAGUGAUUAAAUUUUCUGACCGAGAGCUCAAGUGUUAAGAUUUGAUACAGUAUCUUUAUCUUUUCCAAAUCGUUAUGGCAAAAACCUUAUUUUUACAAGGCAUCGAAAAUGAACAAUCAGGAAGACUUUAUGAAGCUAUACAAUUUUAUCGACGAGCAGUGCAGUUAGUUCCAGAUAUAGAAUUUCGUCUUUAUGAAUCUACAAAGCCUAAGUUACGUGAAAACAUUGAUUCGGAUGAGAAAUUGACUUUGGAAACAUCGUUUCAUGAUAAUGGAGUAGAUUUACAAGAAUUAGAUGGGGAAGAAAAUGAUGGCGACAUUUUGGGAAGACUGGCAAAAGUUAUAGGCAAGAAUGGUUGUGUUUGCUCUCCGCACCUUGAACAAAGCUCAACACACAUUUCUGCUCUGCCUAUGGAAAUUGUCUUUUACAUUUUACGAUGGGUUGUUUCAUCUGAUUUGGAUAUUAGAAGCCUGGAGAUGAUUGCCAAAGUCUGUAGAGGUUUGUAUGUAUGUGCUAGGGAUGCAGAAAUUUGGAGAAUGGCCUGUGUACGUGUAUGGGGUGUUAAGUGUGGUACAUUUGAACCAAAAUAUCUUUCGUGGCGAGAUAUGUACAUGCAACGUCCAAGAUUACAGUUUAAUGGAUGUUAUAUUAGUAAAACAACUUAUAUAAGACACGGUGAAAAUAGUUUUCAAGAUCAAUUCUAUAAACCAUGGCAUCUUGUCUCGUACUUUCGAUACUUAAGAUUUUUUCCUGAAGGAAAAGUUUUAAUGCUAACAUCAACCGAUGAACCACAAAAUUGUGUAAAUUCCCUAAAAUUCCGUGAUCCUCGCAAUAAUUCAAUAUUAAUUGGUCAUUAUCGAUUACGGGAUAACUGUGUAAGUUUAGUUUUAAAACGGCAAGAAAUUAAUAAAAUGAAUAGCACCUCAGAAAUGAGUAGUCGUAGACGAAAACAUCUUGAACCAGUGCACGAUAGCGGCGAACAAACAUUUCAUGUGGAAUUUGAAAUUCAAAGCUACCAUAAACGUCGAAAUUCGCAAUUAUCAUGGUUGUGUUACGUUAUAUAUACAAAAUAUAAAAAUGGACAAGAAAUUCCAACGGAAUUAAGCCUUGGAGGCAAAUAUCCUCCAUUUCGUUUCCAUCGAGUGAAGAGUUAUACUCAAAAAAGUGAAUUUCCUUUACAAUAAAUUUUUAAAUAAUUUUAGAUGUGAAAAGAAACUAAA